AUGGACACAGACACAGGCAUGCACCACAACAACAACAACCAACAAUUCAAAAUCCAGCACCACAACAACAACCAACAAUUCAAAAUCCAGCACAACAACCACCUCCACAACCAGCACAACAACCACCUCCACAACCAGCACAACAACCAGCACAAACAGAGCAAGGACAUAAAAGAAGUAGAGAACAAGGAAACCAAGAAUUCUUAA